AGCAGUAUUAGGGCUGCCGGAUUUUUUCUUUCUUUUUCUUUUUCGUGAGCCGACUUGUAGACGUUGUCGGUUGUUGUCGCCUUUUUGCACCCGGUGCCGGAGCCGACUUGUAGACGUUGUCCGUUGUUGUCGCGACGAGCCCAAGAGACGCCACCCGCCACCGCCGGCCACACUCGAACCGUCGAACGGCAGUAGCCAGUAAGAACUAAAAAGCAGAACUCAAUCUUGAACAGUUGAACGCCACAGUUUUCUGGAGUGUGGCAGUUGCUGACAAGUUCAGAUCACUUUGCAUAAGCCAAUUUGUUUUCCUUAUCAAAAUGUCGGAGGCAAGUGAGCAGGAAUCGGUGGAGCAAGUAUGCAACUUUGUUAGAAAACCAAUGAAGAACAAGAACAUAAGGAAACGACCUUCAGCUCUAGAUGAAGUUGAAGAUGAUGAUAAGGAGAGUUCCGUGUUACAUACUACUAAAAGGGCUGAUAUGUCGGACAACAAAUUAUACUUUUCUUCCGGGACAUCCAAACGAUCAGCUUCUGCUGAAUCAACCAAGGACUCAAAAAAUGUCCUGUUUCAGUACGAGUCUUCUAAAGAGAUUCAGGUACAAAAUGAUAGCAAAGCAACAGCCACUCUUGAAACUGAGACAGACUUCUCAAGAGAUGCCAGGGCUAUUCGGGAGAGAGCUCUCAAGAAAGCAGAGGAAGCCUUAAAGGGCAAGAGUAAGACAUCUGGUGAUGGAAAGGUCUAUAAGGGUAUCAAUAGUUACACUGAUUACAGAGCGGGUUUCCGUCGUGAACAAACUCUUGCCGCCGAGAAAGCUGGUGGGGCUCAUGGACCACUCAGGGCCUCAGCUCAUAUUAGAGUAUCUGCUAGAUUUGACUACCAACCUGACAUCUGUAAGGAUUACAAAGAAACGGGCUAUUGUGGCUAUGGUGACUCAUGUAAGUUCAUGCAUGAUCGAGGUGACUACAAAUCUGGAUGGCAAAUGGAGAAGGAAUGGGAUGAUGCGGAAAAAUUAAGAAAAAGAAAUCUAGCUUUGGGAGGCCAUAGUGAUGAAGACAAUGCUGAGCAUGAGGAGGAAGAUGACGAAGAUUCUUUGCCAUUUGCCUGCUAUAUCUGUAGGCAACCUUUUGUCGAUCCAGUAAUGACGAAGUGCAAGCACUACUUCUGUGAACAUUGUGCUCUAAAGCAUCAUUCGAAGAGCAAAAAGUGUUUUGUGUGCGACCAGCCUACGCUAGGAAUCUUCAAUACAGCUCAUGAGAUACGUAAAAGAAUGGCAGCAGAGAAGAAAUGAAGGGUUUAUUAGUCUCCCACUCUGAUUCCAUGUCUUAAUACUAGUAUACUACUUUCCUUAAAAAAAAAAAAAAAGACACUAGUAUGCUGUUGAUUGAUUAACUUCAGUUUUGUAGUUACAUGAUUAGAAUACCCCUGUAGAAAAUGUAGAAUUUUUCUGAAAUAGAUAGAGGAGAUGAAUUCUAUAGAACCCUUGCUUUCUGUUGUAAGGAAGAUGUUGCGGAUCUGAUAACAGAAUUGCUGUAGCCUGUACAUGAUGAGCUUUAUUGUGGUCUGUGUCUACUCUUUAUUCUACUCCAUCACUUGUGAGCUUCUGAAUGGUUGAAAAUAUUCUGUGUUUCUUCA